AUGGUUGGUGGGGAGGAGCGCUGGGUCUGUCCGAAUUCCAGCACAAAUAUUGAGAGUACAACUAGGCACUGGGUCACUGCACGAUCUCAUCGCAAAAGAGCAUCUGUGGGAACUGGUACCAGCUCAUCUGGUAUCAUUCUCGAUUGUAUCGUUGCGCCAACUGUAUUGUCGAAACUCGGUCACCGGAAGUUAUUCCUAGUAAUGUCACUGCUCAUGUUGAUUGGGGUCACGCUCGAGGCAUCUGUCACAUCUUUCUGCUUUUUCAACUCCUUCGACGUAUUCCUCGCCUCCAUCGUUGUUUACCUAUGCCGAGAAGGAACCGACAAAUGGCAAUAUCUCACCGUAAUCCUCUGCCAACUGGCCGUCCCAAUCGGCUACAUGACCUUCUACGCCUUCCUCUCCGAAUCUCCACGCUGCCUAGUCUACCAGGGCAGCUACAAAGAAGCUGAAGAAGUCCUCCGCUCCCUCUCCAACACCCCCUCAACAAUCGCCCAUGAAAUCUCACUCCUCAAAGUCCAAACCAAAAGAGCAAGGCAAACUCCACAGAGCGACCUCCCUCCGCGACUGCUUAAAGACACUAAUCUCCGCCGCACUAUUAUUGCCAUCAGCGUCCAAGUCCUCCAACAAGCACAGGGCGUCCCCAUCAUCCAGAACUACAUCCUCGCCUUCAUGGAACCGCUCCAAUUCCCCGAUCCCCUACGGACGAACCUCAUGGUAAUGGGGUGUAGCUUCGCAGCCCACAUCAAGACAUUCUUCAGUUUCGAUGAGAUUGGCUGUCGAUACUCGCUAUGCAUCAGUUCAGUAUUAUUAAGGAGCGUGAUGUUUGGAACAGGGAUAGAGUUCGCAACGGGUGAUACGAGCACUAGUUCAUCGCCUGUGUCGAUGGUGUCCAUCGCGCUUCUGAUUCUCUGGUAUUAUACGUAUCUUACAUGA